GCUCCAAACGAACCGGCCACGGUUGAUGUCCGCUCGCGGCCUCUCUCACUUUCGACGCACACACCGCGCUGCAGGGCGGAGCCUGCGUAUAUAAGCAAAAGCUGCACUUUGUGCCAACUUCUGAGCACUACAUACUCGCCUUGUGCUGACUCCCAAGAUCGUGCAAGUCCAACCCGAGCAAGCAAAAAUGCCUUCAGAACUUGAGACAGCUAUGGAGUCCCUCAUUGUGGUGUUCCACCGCUACGCCUCGCGGGACGGCAGGAACGGCACCCUCAGCCGACAAGAGCUCCGUUUGCUGAUGGAGAACGAGCUGUCCAACUUUUUAAGGUCCCAAAGGGACCCGGCUGCCGUGGACAAGAUCAUGAAGGACCUGGACACCAACGGAGACGGCCAGGUGGACUUUGAAGAAUUUGUGUCCCUGGUGGUGGGACUGUCCAUUGCAUGUGAGCGGUGCUAUCAGUUGCGCAUGAAAAAUGAGCCCAGGAAGUGACGGAAGAGAUGCUGUCCAAAAAAUUUCAUUGUUGUAUGUCUCAUGUCUAUUAAAAUGUCACAGAUUUCAAACCCA